CUACCUCCCCACUAAAAUUUGGGAGCGACACGAGCAGCAGCAGUCGAAUCUGGCUGGGCAGGGUAGUAUAGGGCGAGAGGUAUCCCAAGAAUGAGGGCAGCUCCGGCCAUGGCGGUGAUGAUGUCCUCCUCUUCCCCCUCCUCCUCACUUCCGCUUGCUUCUCUUUUCCUCCGUCGCAUCUCUCGUUCUCCCAAUUCCUAUUCUAUUCCUGUUGUUUGGGCGCCAAGAACUCCGUCCGCCGCCGUUGUCUCCUCCGCCUUCUCUUAUCUUGGAAGGAAGCCGACCGUUACCUCAUGCUCACCGUCCCUCUCCAACCAUGCUGUCGAGCUUAGGAGGGGCUUUCCGCUCGCGAAUCCGGCCGUAGCGAGGCUGGAUUUUCAGCAUGCUGCGUUCGGAUACGGAGUUUCUCAUAGGAGGAGGUUCUGCGGAGUGCGAGCCUCGGAGGUGUCCGAUCCGGGCUCCAUCGACUCCCCAAUGAUGCAGUCAAUGGAGAAGAAGAUUAAGGAGCAAUUGGAUGCAGAUCUUGUCAUUGUGAAGGAUACCUAUGGAGAUGGUCGACAUGUAAGCAUUGAUGUAGUCUCAAAGGCAUUUGAAGGCCAAUCCAUGGUGAAUAGGCAGAGAAUGGUGUACAAAGCUAUAUGGGAGGAGCUUCAGAGCACUGUGCAUGCUGUCGAUCAAAUGACUACAAAAACUCCUGCAGAGGUCAAUGCAGAAAAAUAAGCUACCGAUGAACCCUGGACUGCAGAAGGUGCAGAAGGAGCUUUGUUUAAGCAAGCUAAUCGACUAUAGGAUGGGGUGGUUGGCAACCGGUCUUCAAAGUCAAGUUGCGGGUAAGAGGGAGAUCGGACUUGUUCUUCUGGUUCAACAAGAUCGACGCGUGGAUAAUCUUUGCGAAGCUAUGUGUAGUGCGAAAAGUGUAGUUCUAUCUUUAAGUUCCACGAACAACAGAAAUAAAGAGAGUGGAUGAUUAGUGGAA